AUGGGUUCAAAAAUGGGAGAUCGUGGACGAUGCUGUGCAGCUUAUUCCGUUGUUGGGGCAAUGUUUACCCUUUGGGUCGCCAUUAUGCUGCACGUUCAACCCUUUUUCAUCUUGGGAAUUGACGACUCGGCAAAAGCUCGGGAUAACGCCUUUGGCGCCUUUGUAACAUUCUUGGCCACCUUUGUCGCUUCGUCGGUUGGAGUCUGGUACGAUUCGAACAUAGAGCACGAUGAAAUUGAAACCGCUGGUGCCGGAGCCGAAACGGAAUACCAACUGGCUCAAGAUGUCCCUAGUUAUGGAACCAACUAA